ACACUCUACUCUCCACACUCCAAUCUCCUCCUUCUUCCUCUCUUUUUCUUGAAAAUAACACCAUCAAAAAAGAGAGGAAAAAAAAUAAAAGAAAACACCAUGUCUCUUACAAUUCCUACAAACCUUUCAAAACCCAUUGCAACAUCUAAGUUUAGCUCUCAGUUUAGCACAAAACCAAGAACUUCAACUAUAGUAUGCUCUUCAAACCAAACCCCUUCUUCUAACUCAACAGAGGAAAGUUCUUCAUCAUUAAAGGCAUUCUCAGCAGCACUUGCUUUGUCUUCUAUUCUGUUGUCAGCACCUGUGCUUCCUGCUUCUGCUGACAUCUCUGGGCUCACUCCUUGCAAGGAUUCAAAGCAGUUUGCUAAGAGGGAGAAGCAAUCAAUCAAGAAACUUGAGAAUUCUCUAAAACUCUAUGCACCUGAUAGUGCUCCUGCCCUUGCUAUUAAGGCCACCGUUGAGAAAACUAAACGCAGGUUUGACAACUAUGGGAAACAAGGACUGUUGUGUGGAUCAGAUGGAUUGCCACACUUGAUAGUGAGUGGAGACCAAAGGCACUGGGGUGAAUUCAUCACACCAGGAAUCCUCUUCUUGUACAUUGCUGGUUGGAUUGGAUGGGUUGGAAGAAGCUACUUGAUUGCAGUAAGAGAUGAAAAGAAACCAACAAUGAAGGAGAUUAUCAUUGAUGUUCCUUUGGCUAACAAGCUUGUCUGGAGAGGUUUCAGCUGGCCAGUUGCUGCUUACAGAGAGUUAUUGAAUGGAGAACUCAUCGACCCUAAUGUCUAAUUUAAUUUUUUUUCUCAUGCUGGAGACUCGUGGAAUUGUAAUUUCACUUGUUUAUAUUAUGAAAGAAUGUGAAUUUCCUAUA